UGUAGCAAGCGUCUUCGGCACCCCGGUAUACAUCUCCAUCAAGAAAACAUCGGUCUCCUCGUUUCACCGAGCUGUAUCUAUUUGCAUCCUUGCUAAAACACAACUAUAAACUUAAAGAAAUAAAUAUCCUUUAAUUCAGAAGUGUGUAGCUGUUGUGGCGUACCAGAAACUGUAAGGCAGUGAAAUAAGUUCGUAAAUUUGAAACACAAUAAAGCCUACACAUUACCAUCUCCUUAAGUCAAUAACGACAAACACGGGAAAAUGACUAAAAAUCCCACGAAAGCGGAGCUGCAGGCAGAAAUCAGCAAAAUUCUGAAGGAUGCCAACCUGGAGGAAACAGCGGCCAAGAAAGUGCGUCUGCAGUUGGAGCAAAACUUGAAGUGUGAUCUAUCGAAUCGUAAGAAGGAAGUGGACGAUCUGGUAAUGGACUAUGUAAAUUCGCAAGCUUCCGAUUCCGAGGAAGAGGAAGACGAUGACGAGGAGGACGAAGACUAUGCAGGUAACGGCAAGGGCAAAAAUAAUCGCAAAGCAAAGGGAAACAGCGACUAUGAGGAAGAGGAAGAUGAAGAGGAUUUAUCCGAGGAGGAGAAACCGAAGGCACGUAAAAGCGGUGGAAAGCGCGGCACACCGGCCAAACGGGGCCCGGCAAAGAAGAAGAAACGCACAUCCGACAGCGACGAUGAGUCCGGUGAUGACGACGAGGAGCAGGGUAGCGACGAUGACUACAAGCCUCAAGGUGCCGCCAAAGGUGGUAAGGGUGGUAAAAAGAAAAAGAACGAUUCUGAUUCCGAUUCUGACGAAGACUGGAAACGAGCAAAACCAGCUCCCAAAGCCAAGAAGGCGGGCGGGGCCAAGAAAUCGAGUGGAUACACACGACCGUACACACUGUCCGCGGAUCUGGCGGCAAUAUGUGGUGCAGAAUCAUUACCUCGGCAUGAGGUAGUGAAGAAAAUUUGGGCCAUCAUCAAGGAGCGUAAUCUGUACGAUCCGAAAAACAGACAGUAUGCCAUCUGCGAUGCGGAUCUGCAGAAGGUGAUCGGCGUGAAGCGGUUCCGUACCUUUGGAAUGCUGAAAUAUCUUAAGCCCCAUUUUAAGGAUUAGGUCACGCUGACGACUUAAGACGAAAUGCCUAGUUUAAGUAUGGUUUCUGCACCGUAAUAUAGGUACUGAGGAGGUAACAUUAUCCGUAACCAACAUUUUAAGCUAAACGGUUCCUAGCAAAUCGCAGAUUUUUCCUACACCGACAUAAUUGUCGAUUGCAAUACAGAAGAGUAAGAUAAAGAAUUUUCGAAACUGCGUGAGUUGUCGAAUGAAGCACCGAUUCCAUGGUGUAAUGCGCACGGCUUGAUAGCACGUCCUUCACUAGUAUAAAUUUCGACUAGUCCAUGUCGUUCCGUAUACAGAGUUCAAACGCUGAUGGAGAGAUAAAUCUGUAGCACGGUAAUGCACGACUCAACAAAAAAAAUGUGUGUCAUUCAAGUCACUCGUAGCCGAUCAUUAGAUAUGGCUGCUGGCCAGGGUAAAGCAAAAACGAUUACAAACAGAUCCCGCGCAGCUAGCAGGCGGUAGAAUAAAAUUAAAAACCUCAAGACGCAGAACAAAAUUGGUGGAGAAAUGUCAAAUGUAAACGAACCAAUUGGUCCAUCAACGGAAACGACUGUACAGCCAUUCAAGAACCAGUUUAAUCGAAUCUGAAUUCCUGCAGAAGCAGCAACAAGUACUGUUCUAAAUUCCAACUCAUUACUAAAAUCUGACAUCGCUAGUUAACUUGCGAAUAAUAAGUAGUAUUAUAAUACAUUCUUUUCCUGUAAAAAAAAGAUACGUGUUCUAUAUGAUUAUCCACAAAAAUACUCCGUGUGCUAUACUUUUACCGACGUAAAACUAUCAAGACUGGAUAGUUUAACGAUUAGGUAGGGCACGAAUGUUUGCAUUUCCCACUAAUAGCCAAUAGCGUAAAACGAAUGAGAUUGAAAAUUGAUUGAAACAGAUUGGAACAUUAGCGGAACAGACACGUAGCAGUUCACAUCUGCUUUCAAUUAAGAGCUGGGACCUAUGCAAAACUGCAUCAGUUUUUUCCCAUUCGUUUUUUUUUACUAUAUUAAACUAUUUUUCAUUCGAAAAUGUGUCAGCAAGGCGGCGGAAUCAAUUUGGUAGCAUGUGUGCGAACAUGAUACCAAUGUGGAUUACCAGGCGCGAGAUAACAGAAUAUGUACGAUAAGUCAAUGUCUUAAUAAAAAUACUUUGGAAAAUUGUUUCAACAUGGAAUGACCAAAA